AUGGCGCCUUCGCCGUGCGACCCUGACAGGCUCAGCUCGCGACAUGUCAGCCUUUUCCCCGCCCCGUGCUCCACACGCCGUAGCCGGGCCAAAGGUGCGAGAGCACGCCUAUCAGUUGGUAAGCUCUUCUCAAGCUGGUACAUGACCGGACCCAGUGUUUCAUGUCUGAAGGAUUCUCACUCGACACCGAUAAAAGGCCAAUUCCACCGCGACCCUCGCGAAGGCGUCGAGACCUGGUACCGUUGUGUUUGGAUACUCGCCCGUCAUGUGAAAGCGGGUGGUUGGGGACUAGGGUCUAUUUUUGCGUCCAUGUGA